UGCCACCACACGAAUGAACGCUGGCAAUCUCAUUUCCUCACUCUCAUCGCCCGCCCACGCAAACCACAACGGCGCCACCUAACCCACUGCCCACAACACGACCAGAGCCCGUGUACAGGGCGCGCGCUACAUCGCAGGGAUUGACGGAAGGACAAAUGAAGCGCUUACACCUCCAUCACGGCAUACGUCACGUCAGUCAGUCAGUCAGUCGAUCGGUCAAGGUGGGGAUGCAGAGACGACCAUGGCCGUUGUCACACAACACACAAUCAUCGACAAAUGUCCCAGCCAAAAUGCGUUUGCAACCCACUAAAUGGGUUCAUUCAGCUACACCGCUCCCUUCUCCACUUCCUUCCCCCGUCAGUGAAGGCACCCCACUCGCCCCUCCCCUCGCCCGCGCCUCCCUGAAGAAGGUGCGGAGCAGCUGCCUGGCCUCGCUGGCCAUGACGCCCCCCCUCACAGUCAUCUGGUGGAAGGGAUGCUUCGGCUCGGUGGCCAGCGACACCCAGCUGCCCGCACCCAUGGCCGUUAGGUCAAGGUGUGAUGACUCAUCUUGUGCUCAUUCAUGAGCGCUCUUCAAUCCUCGCGUAAGUCAGGCUCUGAGUCUUCCAGACAAGCCAUGACUCAGAAAUCGCAGACUGACAACGCACACAUACAACCAACAUUAGCCACCACAGACACGCUGAGUGGCCUCGUAGACAUCAGCAGACUCGUUGUCGGCCGUCUACUGGGGCGAGGACAUUGAGAAAACGGUCGACGAGAUAUAAAAUGUAGACAGCGGUAAUUCCUCGGGCCUUCAAAGGGGCAGAGGAAGAGACACAGACACAGAGAGACACACGGUGGAACACACACAUACAACACACACAUACAUACACGCUUCUAUGGGUGUAUUGUCUCGUGUGUGUGUGUGUGUGUGUGUGUUUACCUGCAGUCAGGCUGUGAGGCGCCGAAAACCACCUCCUCGGCCUCCUGCAUGAAGGAACACUCGGCCUGCCUCUGCCCUGUCUGCGGUCACUAACCUGCAGCUCUUUCAGGGUGUGGUCGAGGUCGGCGAUGCGUCUCGUGAGCCGGUCUUCGAGCAGGUUCAGGCGGGCUGCAUAGACAGACAGACAGAGAGAGCGUGUUGGCGUGUCCACAUACUACAUGGACGGCAGUUUGGUCACCCUUGGCUCGGUCUCGGUCCUCAACGAGCAACACUAUCUCAUCGAUGAAGUCCUUGUCGGUGGACACGGCCGCCAUCACUGAAGGAAAUAAAGGCGACUGUGCUCUUGGUCGACGCAUGCACACGCGUGUCCGCUCGCUCUGUCCCUCCUGUCCUGUCCUGCCUCCCUAUGGCCCCCCUCGCUCCCAGCCAUCGUGAGACGGCCUUUCUUGCGUACCUCGCAAGACCUUGUCUGUCUUGGCAGAGUGAGGGAUGCGGUCCAUGUGCCAGAGGUGCAGCUCCAACAGGCUGGUUGCUGCUGUGGCCAUUGCUGCUCCAGCUCCCUCUUCUCGUCUGCCGGCAUGAAUGGCGGAUAUGCACAGACAUGCCGCAAAGAAUCGAUCAAGGGAUUGUCUGUCUCUCCUCGUGUGUGGCUGCUCUGACCCCAUUGUGCAACUGUGACUGACCCUUUAUUUCUCGGAUGUGUGCGUACAACUCCUCAAGGCGCCCCUUGAACUCCUGGAUGCGGGCUGCAUAGACAGAGAGCGUGUGGGCGUGUCCACAUACAUACAUUGACGGAGUUUGGUCUCACCCUUCGCGUAUUCUCGGUCCUCGAUGAGCUCCCUUAUCCCCUCCAUGAGCAGCCGGUCGCUGGGGAUGGUCGCUAUCACGGCUGCAGCAUUGGGAGCGACGCACAGCACACAGAGAAGAAGGAAAUGAAGGCGACUGUGCUCUCCGUCGACGCAUGCACACGCGUGUCCGCUCGCUCUGUCCCUCCUACCCUGUCCUGCAUCCCUAUGGCCCUCCUCGCUCCCAGCCGUCCUGCCCUCUUUCUGUCCGUUCCUGAGGCUCGGAGUCUCUCCUUACCUCGUCCGACCAU